UCCAUGGAUUUUAGGAGCUCUGGGCCAGAAAUGGAAUACAAACCAAGUAUCUAUUUCUUAUUAUAAACCACAAUAUUACACAUUGUUUUCUGUGGUACCAGAGCGAAAGGAGCGAAGGUGUCUGGCUCCCUGGGACAGAAGCAAGUGAAAGCCCCCUUUACGUGGUCUGCUAGGGUAAGAGGCAGAGCCGUGCCAGAGGGCCUUCUCAGAAGACUGGCUACUGACAUACUAUUUAAUUUGACUCUUCAGCAUUUUUAGGAGUGAUAGAAAGAAACACAUUUUGGAAAUCGAAUGGCCUUUCCCACCUCUCUGCUCUUUAAGCAAUUUUGCCAUCUACAUGAUCUUGCUAUACAGAAACAACCAGUUAUGCCUUGUGAUAAAAAUCCAGAGCAAUCCAAUUGGAAUCAUAGUAAAGAUGAAAGAAAGAAAAAUAAAACAUGGAGAGAAGGAGAAGGAGAAAAGGAAGAAGAAAUGGAAAAGGAUGGAAAAGAGAAACUGGCAGAGGAACAGGAGGAAGAGAAAAAAGGAGAAAAAAUGGAAUGUGAGGAAGAAUAUCCGGAGAAAAGAUUAGUCAGUAAGCCCCUCAUGGACACUCUCUGGGCAACGUUUAAGUUAAACAAGUGCCCCACAAAAGGACUUAGUCUAUCGCUUGCAUUUGAAUUUAACAUGACAGUGAAACAGGUAAAUCAAUGGUUUUUAAAAAAGAGAAAGAAAUUCAAACAAGAAAUGUAUAAGCGAAAAUAUAAGAGAAAGCUCAAGAGAAAGAAACGUGAUUGAAAGAAAUAAGAAGAGAACAUCUGUAUUUUUAAUAGCUCUGGGCGGUAUAAAGAAUUUUUAUAUAUUAUUAUUUAUGUAUAUUUAUAUACAUAUAUUCAUUUAUGGACUCACUUGAUUAUCACUCUAAACCACAAAUGAGGAAACUGAAUUGCUGGGAAAUAAUGUGAUUUCAUCAAGUACCAGUACCUAAAUCUCUAAGCUUGAAUUUGUACUUUGUUCUCUCAGGCAUUUUCAUUCCAGGCUAUGUCAAUUUGUGUUUCAUAUGUAAUGUUUAUGUACUCCUACUUUUCUCUAUUAAAAUUCUAAUGUGGC